UAGGCAGGGUAAGAUGGCCGCUUUGGACAGGGUCAAGGUGCUGGUGCUGGGCGACUCCGGUGUUGGCAAGUCUUCGCUGGUUCACCUCCUGUGCCAAAACCAGGUGCUGGGGAACCCAUCUUGGACAGUGGGCUGCUCAGUGGAUGUCCGAAUACAUGACUACAAAGAAGGAACUCCAGAAGAGAAGACCUACUAUAUUGAGCUGUGGGAUGUUGGAGGUUCAGUGGGAAGUGCCACUAGUGUGAAAAGUACCCGAGCAGUAUUUUAUAACUUGUUGAAUGGGAUAAUUUUAGUGCAUGAUUUGACCAACAAGAAGUCAUCGCAGAAUCUGUAUCGCUGGUCUUUGGAAGCCCUCAACAGGGAUGUCGCUCCAACAGGGGUUCUAGUCACCAACGGUGACUAUGACCGUGAACAGUUUGCUGAUAACCAGAUUCCACUGCUGGUAAUAGGAACUAAACUGGAUCAAAUCCCAGAAACUAAGCGGAAUGAAGUUUUGACCAGAACGGCUUUCCUGGCUGAGGAUUUCAAUGCUGAAGAGAUAAAUUUGGAUUGCACCAAUCCUCGUUAUUUGGCUGCAGGCUCAUCCAAUGCUGUCAAGCUAAGCAGGUUUUUUGAUAAGGUCAUAGAGAAGAGAUACUUUUUAAGAGAUGGCACUCAGAUUCCUGGCUUCUCAGAAAGGAAGAGAUUUGGAGGAGGAGCGAUGAAGAGCCUUCAUUAUGACUGAGAAUUAGUGGAAGAUGGAUUUUCUGUGUUUGUAUCAACAUUCCUGUUGGAAGCCUAAAGACAAUAAUGUUGGUGUCAGGCAGAAUAAAACGAAGUCGCGCUUUGGCCAGGUAAACUGCUGGAGCAAACUUCUGCUGGAAAAGACCUGGGGAAGAAUUUCCAAAAUCUAACUUGAGAUCAAGACUCAUUCUUAGACUUGCAGGCCUCCUGGAUAUCUGGGAACUUUUGAGGGAUGUGUGCAAUAAAUUCAGUAUCUCCCACACUGCUGGGGGAAAUGUUAUCAUGCACAGCAUGUAUAUUUGAUGUCUUUUUCUCAAUUUUGGAACAUUUAUGAACAAUCUUUGCAG